AUGAAGAGCAAGUCGAUUUGCAAGGUAGUCCCUCUGGUGUGUGCGUUGCUCUGCGGUGGAUACCUGCUUUGGGGGUGGCGCGGCAGCACCGGGGGCGCCCCCUCGCGGGAGACGGACCCGCACUUUGACCCACUGGAGCACUGCAGCACGGACCUCGGCACGCUGCUGGGCUACGCGUUCAGUGUCCCGGCGUUCAGCAACUGCCACCGGAGCUACAAGGCCAUGCGGCUCGUCGUCACACGCUUUGGGCGGCCAGACUUCGUUCUUGACUACAACGACGGGGCCGCAGGGAAUUACUUCUCGGGGACGCCCUGGCUCUCCACGGAGUACGUGGCGCGCUUCCUCUUUCAUCACAGGGGCGUCACGCACCUUCCGGCGGAUACGCCACAGGACGUGUGGACGUCCAAAUACUUCUACAACCCGCUAGAGGGGGAGGUCGGUGGGAAGAGACGACGGUAUGAGCCCGUGCGGAUCGCAAACUACGACGCGGCCACGACGGCGAAGCUGCGCAAGCGUCUCGCCCCAAGGUUUGCGGACAUUGUCGUGUGGCCCGCGCAGAGCGAGGAGGGCCUUCCCGGGGGGCACGUUGCAGUCGUGGUGCAGGUGGAGGAUGACGUGGCGGCCGCGGGCGGGGCGGACAGGCUCCGUGCGCUGCGAAGGGAGCGGCUGCAGCCCCAGUUGGUGUACAUUGCGGAGCAGAACUUUGACAACGCGCCGUGGGCCGGCAGGAACUACUCGCGCGUGCUGCGCUUCUACUGGGAAAACGGCAAGGAGGCGGUGCUGCAGGACCCUUCAGGUGCUCGAGUGCUGGGGCUUGUUCGAAAGGGCAAGCUUGCCCUCAAUCUUGAAGACGACGAUGCGGGUGACCUCUGA